AUGCCUGAUCACCCGCCGGAAAAUCGCCGCCGACACACAGCCCUUUCGGCCGCAGAUAAUCCCGCCAGAUCCAUCUUUCGCCGAGUGACACUCGCAUCUAAUGCCAGUAGCCAUACGCCACAGAGUCAUGCUACAAUCCAAGAGCUGUACCCGACCUACAACGGCCUCCUUACGUGGGAGGAUCUAGGCGGCUACCUCGAGAGCAUAUGGCCAGGCUGGAAAGCUGACAAGGCAAAUAUGCGCAAGGAUGACCGUAAGAAGAUUGCUGAUCUUCGAGACUGCAAACCGCUUGCUCGAAGAUCAUCCAAGUCUGACGACGAAUAUUAA